AUGUGGCAAACGGGCUGCCAAGGCAGUAGUUCGCGCAGUAGCCCCAACGGGGACGUGAGAGGGGCGCCAGACAAGGUCGGCGGAGAGAUCACGCUUCGGAGCCUGGCCAGCUUUGACUGUAUCAUUUGCCUCAGCUGUGGCCAUGACUUGCAUAUGACCGUAUCUGAGGAGCGGCUUCCUAAAGUUACGUCUGAACUCGCCAACCAGGUUGCCAAAGAGGAGCCAGCUUCCACGGAACGAGAAAGAACACCAGACAAUACGCGGAUCGUCACCGUUGAGAGGAGACACUUCCCUGAUUAUCAAGCACUGCAAGACCCCUUAAUUUUCAAGGAUGAGGAGUACUAUGAACAGUUCAUCGCAGCUUACGUUGGGGAUAGGGUGAUGGUUACGGAUGAACGUGAUUUUGGAGCAAGAGAGGCUGGAUAUGACGGCUACAUACAGUACUACUGCGCCCGAGUCGUGGAUGACUAG